ACGUCCCCGUAGGGACAAUACCUCCGUACUUUUGCCUGCCUUAUCUCAAAGAUCUCAUUAUCUAGUAAACAAUAACUCAUGGACUAGGUAUUGACCUUUCCCAAAUGGCACUCAAAAUUCUUCCGGGUCGCCAUUCCUUCCUCUCUAGGCGGGUAAACCUUCAGGUCAGGCGGGGUCGUGGGGGUGGGUUCCAGAUCACAGCCCAGACAGCCGAGUUUAUCCUAUCAGACCCAGGGGAACCGCCACGGCCACGAUAUCAACCGCGGGGAGCUUUUCUCCGUCGGCUCUACCGACCACCUCCUUGCCCUUGCCCUACGUAUCAUCGGUCCUGCGAUCCCUGCGAUAAGCUCACAUCGGCGUUAAGACAAUUUACUAUGCGGUCGAUGAAUCACAUCCAGUGCAUCUGGUAUUGUUUUAUCGUCAAAAGGUCAAUGGACAGGCGUUUUCAGUCUCACGUUCUCCUGCGGCAAUGUGACUGUGAUAUCCAUUCUAGUGGACCAAAUUGGGGUUGCACCCCCCUUCUCCUCCUCCCUCCCCAGACCCCUCGGGGUUGGGGCUAUCUGCGAUCUACAGAACUGCCCAGACGGCUUGGUGCAUGGAUGUGUUCCGAUUUCCCGGAUAUUCAUCCUAAUUACGAAUUUUAAUGUUUUUGCCCUUGCCCUGAGCAUACUCGCUUUUGACUCUUCGGUCCCUCAACCUGGCCUUUCGUCAUAGAUCAUAACUAGUACAAGUAUAUUCUCGAGAGAAGUACGUGAGUACCCACAUUCCCCUCUCAAAUACUAACCCCAGCGGCCCAUUGACCCUUACAUACCAAGAACCACACCCUGGUGUGAGAGAGCGGAAACUAUCAGCCGGCGAUUGCGUCGAGA